AUGCAUGGUCAGAACGACCUGGAGGCUACCCCAAAUCCACGAGCGAUACCAUCUUCUGCGGUGAAAAAUGUAGAAGAAAGUCGACAGCAGCGGUUGCAGCGACAACAGUCGAGAUUUCGUGAUAGAGGAGGGAUAUUUGUGCCCACGUCUAGAAACACAUUAGCAGACAUUCUUCUUGGCCGUCGGGACGCCUCACCCAAGAAACCCCGUCGAAGUCGAGGCCGUAGUGUAUCUGUAUCUCCUCGGAAGCCAUACCACCCACCCAGCAGUCCUUCCGUAGGGAAAAGCAAGAAAAAGGCGUCUCUUUCGACCUCAAAUUCCCUUAGAAAGGGAAUUAUCUCGACUGCUCUGAGACGUAGCCCCCGAAAGCAGAAAGCAGCGGUUCAAUUUGAUUCGGAGUUGAGUGAGGAGGAAGAAAUCAUUCAAAAAGCAAAGUCAAAGGCAAAGAAAGCUCCCAAAUCCAAGGCUUCUACAACCGCCUCCAAGAAGGGGAAGGCUAAAGCGCCCGCUGAAAGUUCCGAGGACGAGAAAGUCGACAACGGGAAAUGCGCAUUACUAACUUCUAGUUCGAAACAGAAGGCAGCCUCUAAGUCGAAGCAGCCUACCAAAUCGAAACCCAAGCCUGUGGUAGACCCAGUGGAGAACGAUAUCGAGCAGGAAUUGGAACAGCCGCCAUCCAAAACAGCCGCCUCUUCCAGAGGCAAAGCGACAAAGCCAACGAAGAAGGGGAAGGGGAGAGGCAAGGCUAUACUAUCCGAAAUCGAAGACGAGCCGGACGAACUUCCACCUGUCAAGAAAUCCACGUCCAAGGCCCGACCACGAAUGGGCGAUUCGGAGGACGAAGAUGAUCUGCAACCAUUGACUUCGAAAGCCAAGGCCAAGAAGCGAAAGCUCAGCAUCGUUGAAGAGGAGGAAGAAGAGCAAGGCGACCUUUUCAUUGCCCAGUCAAGGGCCCGUGCCCCGUCUCCUUCAGACAGCGACGAUGACAAACCUCUUUCCUCUCCCGCGCCCAAACGGCCUAAGGUCUCAUCGACCACUCAAGCCUCAAGCUCUACUGUCGCUCAGAAGCCCGCCAGCGCGCAUACUAAGCCUCUAUCCGCAGCCAAACGAGAACAGCCUACCCCAACUAGCCCGGUGUUUCCCCCCAAGGCCAACGCUGGGAAACGCAAACUAGAUGCAACUUCGAAGGUCGUGGACGUCCCAGACUCCAAAGCUAAGAAACCCAAGACGGGAAAAACAACUAAUUCUCGGCCUACACCACUACCUCUGCAGGAAAUUCAUCCCAGCGAGAACGAUUCCGACACAGAAAUUAUUCCGCUACACAAGAAGCCUACAAAAUCUAAGCCACCAAACAAGAAAGCUGAAUCGAAACGCUCCUCCAAGUCGAAGCAGAAGAAAGAGAACACCCCGAUAUCUGACGUUGCAGACUAUAUCAUUCCUGUCAAAUCUGAGAGUAACAAGGGAACCGGGAAGCGAAAGAAGGCCAUCACAGGCCCCCGCAAAAGCGCGGUCGUCAGAAUCCAGCAACCCAUUCCACCCAUCGAAGACAAUGAUCCAGAUCCUAUUGAUUUCCUCUCGUAG